AUCAAAGUACUUAAGAACAUCUAUCAAUUUCAUUUUCUCAGUAAGCCUCGAAACAAAGAAAAAUGGCAAUCUCUUUGCUCUGUCUUUUCCUCAUCACCAUUGCUUCCUUAAUCUUUGUCGGAAAGAAGAUCAAACGCUGUAAAUGGAAUCUUCCUCCAAGCCCUCCACAGUUUCCGAUAAUCGGAAACUUACACCAAGUUGGGGAGUUGCCUCACAGGUCACUCCAACGCCUAGCCGAAAGAACAGGACAUGUCAUGCUUGUUCACUUAGGGUUGUCCCCUGUAACGGUAGUCUCAUCAAAAGAAGCAGCUGAAGAAGUGCUCAGAACUCAUGACCUAGACUGUUGCACGAGGCCUAAUCUUGCCGGACCGAGGCUAAUCUCUCGGGGUUAUAAAGAUAUCGGUUUUACCCAAUACAGUGAAGAGUGGAAAGAGCGGCGUAAGUUUUUGGUGCGCGAGCUUUUCUCUUUGAAAAAGGUUCAGUCUUCAAGAUAUAUCAGAGAGGAAGAGUGUAACUUCAUGGCCAAGAAACUGUUCGAAUCCGCAGUUGAUCGAUCUACAGUCGAUUUGAGCAAAACUCUUUACUGGCUAACCGCGAGUAUCUUCUUUAAACUUGCUUUCGGACAUAGUUUCCACGAGAGCAAGUUUGUCGAUCAAGAAAAGAUCGAUGAGCUCGUGUUCGAAGCCGAGACUGCCCUAGCUAGUUUCACUUGCUCUGAUUUCUUCCCCGUCGCCGGAGUUGGAUGGCUUGUUGACUUGCUUUCUGGACAACACAAGAGACUCAAAAAUGUUUUCUUCAAGCUCGAUGCCAUGUUUCAACAUAUGAUCGAUGAUCAUUUGAGUCCUGAAAGAUCUUCAAAAUAUCACGAUGACAUUAUAGUUUCAAUGUUGGAUGUGAUCCAUACACAAGAAAAGGAUGAUUCCUUAAAGCUAACAGUAGAUCAUAUGAAGGGGGUUCUCACGAAUAUAUUUCUUGGUGGGAUAGACACAGGGGCCGUCACUAUGAUAUGGACAAUGACGGAACUCGCUAGAAACAUGGAAGUGAUGAAGAAAGUUCAAGGCGAGAUCCGAGACCGCUUUGGAAACAGUAAGGAGAGAAUCACCGAAGAAGAUAUUGGUAAGGUUCCUUACUUGUACCUCGUGAUCAUGGAAACAUUCAGGUUGCACCCAGCACUUCCUCUUCUGCUUCCAAGGGAAACUAUGGCUCACAUCAAGGUUCAAGGCUAUGAUAUUCCUCCGAAGAGACGGAUCUUGGUCAAUGCUUGGGCGAUAGCUCGAGAUCCCAAGAUUUGGAAAAACCCGGAAGAGUUUAAUCCCGAGAGGUUUAUAGAUAAUCCUGUGGGCUAUAGGGGACAGAAUUUUGAAUUCUUACCAUUUGGCUCUGGUCGAAGGAUGUGUCCCGGGAUAACAAUGGGGAUGGCUACGGUUGAACUGGGACUCUUGAACUUACUUUACUUCUUUGACUGGAAGUUGCCUGAUGGGAUGACGGAGAGAGACAUCGAUAUAGAAGAAGCUGGUACUCUUACGGUCGUCAAGAAAGUACCUCUUAAGCUGGUCCCGGUUCUUAGUUCACUGGUUACACCAAACUCCAGUUUCAGAAAAUGACGAAGUUUCGAAUACACUCUCUGGCAAAAAAAUGGAAUGUAUGUUAUGUAUAAGUGUGUCUGUAUGAUAACGAUCCGUGCACUUUUAUCUUAAACUGUCUGUAAGAUUUUUGUGAAAAGCCUGAAUAAUGGCUCCGUGGAGUCUUAUAUAUAUAUGGAGACUGUGUUGUAGAUAUGUUUCAUUACACUCAAGUUCUCGUCUCCUUCUUUAAACCUUACAUAUAUUUAACAUGCGACUCAUUGAGCAUUAAGAGAACAUUAAACAGAUAAGUGUUUAGGA